AUGUUCCUGAUAUUACUCAAUUAUGUAUUGUUUACUUUAACCAUUUUACUCCCAGGCUGCAUGAUGGAGUCUUAUAAUGUGGUUCAAAGGUUUACGGUCGUUUUGAUACAAGUUUAUCUAGUUUAGGUGUAAAUAGUUCCACGUACUUGGCUUAAAGAACGAAGAAUAUUCACCCAAAAUGUUUUUCAUGUUCACCCGCAAACUAUGUUAUUUGAAGUGAUCGAAAUUUUUGCGCAAUAUCGGUGCUUGAGAUUUUAUCAAAUUGACUUGUAUUGAAACGACUUUGUAUCAAAAUGAUUGAACUCCGGUUCAAACUUCUGAGACUGUGGAUGAAAUCCUAUAAUAAUUAUGUGACCGAUCAUAUAAAAUCUCUCCAACUGUACUAUUAAUUUUUUUCUUCCACGUUAAUUUUCCUAAAAUGAAAUUUGCUAAAAUUGUUGACUGUUAGGAAGUGAAAGGGUUAAUAAGUUCCUAUUAUCUCCUUAGUAACAAGGUGCAGUAAAUUCCUGAUUUUUAAAUUUCAGUGAAAAAUUGAGAAGAUUAGUUUGAAUUAUUGAGAGGGUGGGUAAAAUAACAGUGUUUGACCAGGGAAAGAUUCUUCAGGUUCAUAACCAGCCAUCAUGUUUUUGACAUGAAACUUUGUUCCACCUUGUUUCUCCUCACCCAGGUGUAUUAAUGGGUAGCUGUGGUGCAACAUAUCACAGAGGGUAACCUGUAAUUAAUAGACUGCUAUCCGAUUCAGCGGGGAGUAGCAAUACCCCAGCCCUCUGUGCUUAAUGCUGCAAAACCAGGGAGUGCUCACACUUUGUGAAUCUAGUGGCUGAUUUGUGCCUUUAUCUUGACUAUGACAGGGAAAUUAUUUAGUUUUGUACUUAUUAUUAGGAGGUUUGAGAGAUCAGGAUACUAAGUUGUAUAUUUAAAAAUCGAAGUUUGUUCAGUUGAACUUUGUUUAUUACAAGACUGGUAAUACUUCUGAAUGAAUAUCUUAUUUGAUUUAUCGGUGACGUCGCGAGACGUUUCUUUAAACAAUGAAGUAAAAAUUUGUUACAACACUUUUUUUUGUCACUUCUACAUCUUGUUUCUGACGCUGUAUUCGGACAAUAGAACGAGGGAUUUCAAACAGCACAACGAAGCAAAAAACCCAAGAAAAAAGAAAUGUCUGCGAGAGAGAAAAGGAUUCGUGGGAUUUACAAAAUAUCACCUAAAGGUCAAAGGUUAGGAUUCAGUUUAAUUUAUGUUUGCUGUGGACUAGCCUGAUUCUCAGAUGGUCAAAGGACUCUCUUCUCUUUCUAUCUGAUACAAUCAAACCCUGCUUUACUGCUUACACCUCAUUAUUACGUAGAGGAUAUUACAUGGCCGCAUGGGGAUAUGAAUUUUAUCUUUGAGUGCUGAACGUAUCUCUCACGCAUGAGCGAAGCUAACAAGUGAGAGAUACUUUCAGCACGAGAAGAUAAAAUUCGUAUCCCCAAGCGGCCAUGUAAUGUUCUGUUUAUUUUCUAGAUACUGAUGAAAUUCCCAGAUAAAACACAACUACUUUUUUAUUCAUUUUCGAAACAGCAAAAUAGUGCAAUUAAAGUGGUCACCUACCGCAAAAUGCCUGUCACAAAAAUUUUAUGAAACUCGGAUAUAAAGUUAUAAAGGAGAAAUAAAGACAAUAAUACUUGUAUUUUCUGUUCCAAAAAGUCAAAAUUAAUGUUAGUAACCAUGGCGACAGCAAUAUCCUCACACGUGAAAGAUAAAAAUAGUAUCUUCUUUGGAAAAAUCCUGGUAUGUCAUCAGUAUCUAUAUCUAUAUCUAUAUGUCCCUUUGUCCCUCAACUGGUUAAUUCUUAUUGAGAAGCCCUUUUGUUUGUCAUAGAAUUGAUAUUUUUGUCAUGCUUUUGUUGGAUACGUAGACCUGCAUUAAGUACUAAAAUAGCUUUGCUUGCUUUUCUUUAAUGUUAUACUAAUUUGAAGGGUUUGAAUCUAUUUCAAGGUAUGAGAUGUAUGUUCCUCUUCACAAGUUAUGGGAAGGUUAUAUGCAGAGCAUGCUUAAUCUACAUCCAAAAAGGUAAGGUCAGAUAUCAUACUACAUGUACUAAACAGUAACCCUUGUGGCGUACAAAAAUGGCGAGCUGACCAGAGGUUGAAUAUGCUGACGGGGCAUAACCAGCCUAUUAACCUGUAGGCCUGGGCCUACAAAUUUUGGUUUGAUCACUCUACCUCUUCUUAUAAGUUAUGCAUUUUGGGGAUGAGCUAAGAAGCAUAAGAGGUCAAAGUGUUGGUGAGGACCGUGCACCGUGCUGGCCUACAACUAGUCGAAAAGCUGGCUAAGCCUUUGACUGACAAGGUGGUUAUGGUCCCACGGAAUUAGAAUUCUCCCCCCAAGAACUGUGAAUCAUUUUGAAGGAAGUAGGAGUGGAUGGUGGAAUUUUCUGGGCAAAUGUACAUGAGGUUAUCAGACUGAAACACUUUAAGACUAUUAAAAUCCCAACCAAAGGGAGUUGAUGGACAUGGUUCUCUCAUCCUCUUCCUCAUUUGUUUAUGAUUACUCCUUUUCAUUUGGGUUAUUAUUUACAGCAAAGUCUUACUGCAGUGCAGUUUGCCAUUGUUACUUGAAAACCAGGCUUUCCUUAAUUCUUUAAACCCAAAAAUCAACAUGCAUAUUCUCCACAUCUCCUCAAGGUAUUUGAGAGGAGAAUUUUAUCCAUCAAGACUUAUUUCCACUUCUCACAGCCUAAAAUUUUAUUAAGAUCAGUGUGACCUCAAGGAGAAAUUGAAUGUUGGUUAGUUACUUUUGGGGGGGUUAAGGGGUUUAGAGGUUAACGGGGAGCUGAUUUGAAAAGACAAUGCUACUGACACUGUUUCUAUCAUUAGUAAUCUAAAAGCUGCCUAUCCUAAGCUUCUUCGAGCUGAUUACCAAGGCUGUAUCCUGAAUGGUAAGUUCAUUUUCUGUUUUUCUUUGUUAAUAUACCACUGCUGGAAAAUUAAAUAUGUUUGACUCCGAAAGUCUAGACUACGAGCAGUCUCUCUUUUUUUCUGUGGUCUGUCGAGCAAAACGCGGGACACGCAAAUGGCCACGAGCGUAGAAAAAGAGAGACUGCUCGCAGUCUACCGAAAGUCUUUCUUUCAGAAGUGCUGUAAUGAUCCCAACAGGAUCAUUAUACAUUUCUGGGAAACUGCCCACCUACCCCUCCCCAAAGCCAACAUUAACACUUAAUUCUCACUGAGGGCAAAAUGUUGGCUUAGGGGAGGGGUAGGUGGGUAGUUUCCCAGAAACGUAUAAUGAUCUGUGGAUCAUCAUACGUUUCUGGGGAAACUGCCUACCCUACCCCUCCCCUAAGCCAACAUUAACAAUUACUCCUCACUUAGGCCAAAAUGUUGGCUUAGGGGAGGGGUAACCAGGUUUAUGUGGUAAAUGCGAAGCGCUAUAAAAGGCAGGCAACCCUGUCAGUGCUCUUGCACUGAGAUGAGAGUAGCUCAAGUAUGCAAACACCAAGUGCUUCAGAAGUGUGCCAGUGCAUUCCUUGUUUGGAGCUUUGUUCUUAUCUAUAGAAGCUUUAAAUCCCAUUUUAGCGAGGCCAAAACUACUUCAGCGUACGGGGAAUGUUUUGAAGUUUUCCGAACUCACUUCUGAGCUGCUUGAACUUGUGUUCGCUUUGUCUUCCCCUUUAAGCAGAGGUCACAUUCUCUCGAUGUAAACUGGCGUUCGCAAAGUGGCUACAUUUUAUUAUUUUUUUUACUUAACAGUUUACUUGGUUUUGCAAAGAUCUUUGUUGCUCUUCAGCAACAAUACCGAUGUAUUUUAAAAAUAUUUUCAGAAAACGACCUGCCAAUAGCAACACUGAUCAAGACUUUAAGAAAUUAUCUAAUCUGAUUGGCCAUGGACAGCCCCGUUUAAGCAUUUUUAGACAGUUUGAUAGGACAGUACACGUCAUGUCUAAUUCCCCUCAGUAGUUGAACAGAAUUUGAUAGUACUAAAUAAAAUUGGAGAUUAUUCAGGGGCACCCAAUGACCGAAUUUUUUCCAGAUACGACAGAAUUGGCUCAGAUGGUUUUCCCUAUGCUUUAGAACCCAGUUUGGCCAAAUUGUGGCUGUCCUAAGAAAUAUUUAUCUGUUCGGACGUCUUAGGGGGACUUUUCUGGUCACGAAAAUUUUUUGGUGGCUAUUUCAUCUUUAAGCUGUCCUUAUGGGUACGGUCGGACGUUCAAGGACAUGGACUAGCCGUACUUCCAAUAGAAAACUCUAGAACGCUUUGUCUUUAUACUGAAAUUGUUAGGAGACUUUUGGCAAUAUCUUGGCAAUGUGAAAAACACAACCUCUGAAAAUCGUAGGUAAGUCAAUAGAAAAACUCCGAACAUCUUAGACGAGUGGGAAAGUUAUGCAGACAAUUUUUUAGCCUUUCUUGCGUUUUAGAAAUUUUGGGGCAAUAUUUACUCCUUCGAACAGUAAGUUUACCGAAAAAAGUCGUUGGGUACCCCUGAUUGUUGUUGUAAUAAAAGUGAUGAGUUAGCCACCAAAAAAAACAAUAUUGAGCUUUGGCUGCGUGGGCUGUAUGUUGAUCUCGAGAGAUCUUAACUUUAUAAGCUAUCACAAAUAAUCAAAUUAUUAUCUUUCUUUAUCGCAGUAAGCCGGUCAAAGUGUCCAUCCUACGUGGGAACAAGUGGCAUUUUACUACAAGAAACAAAGAACGCGUUUAAAAUCAUAACAAAAGAUAACGAACUUAAAAGUAAGUAUCGACUCGAGUUGUGCCGCGAUGUGUUUGAAAGUACACUCUUGAAAGUAUCCUCUCGGAACUUGAAAUCUGUUGGUUUAAUUGAAAACCGGGGGGGGGUACUUCCUUAUAUAAGCCAUAUAGGUAUCCGCCCCAAAGGGUAUGGUUUUGGGGCCUUUUUGGUCUGAAAACAGGUAUACACUUUGCCCAUUUUGGUCUGGAAUCGGGUAUGGUUUUUGAGGGAACUACGGGAGUGUAUGAACGUAUUUAUCGUAAGGAAAUAGAAAUAUACACAUUGGAAAUGCAUUUGAAGAUUUUUUUGUUUGCGCUCUAAUCUAAGUAUUGAUGACAUAAUUUCUGCAUAAAGGCCAGGUCUGAAAACGGGUAUGGAUUUUAAAGGUGUGGUCUGAAAACGGGUGUCAUGUGGAAAAUGACAUUUUUUGGUCUAAAAUAGGGUUAGGAUUUGGAGAACCGAGCGCCAAACCCCUUCCAAGAAACCCAGGAGUAUCCCCCCCCCCCCCCCGGGGAUUAAAAAAAAAAAAAAAAUAAAAAAAAGAAAAAACGAAAAAAAAAUUAUGAUGGAGAGGCGAGUGGGGGGGGAUGUUCGUGUGUUGUUUGUGGCAUUCAACCGCGGGGGGGGGGCGGCGGGGGAGGGGGGGGGUGGGGGGGGGGGGGGGGGGGGGGGGGGGGGGGGGGGGGGGGGGGGUACUUCCUUGCAUAAGCCAUAUAGGUAUGUGUCGCCCCAAAGGGUAUGGUUUUGGGGCCUUUUUGGUCUGAAAACACUUUGCCCAUUUUGGUCUGGAAUCGGGUAUGGUUUUUGAGGGAACUACGGGAGUGUAUGAACGUAUUUAUCGUAAGGAAAUAAAAAUAUGCACAUUGGAAAUGCAUUUGAAGAUUUAUUUGUUUGCGCUCUAAUCUAAGUAUUGAUGACAUAAUUUCUGCGUAAAGGCCAGGUCUGAAAACGGGUAUGGAUUUUAAAGGUGUGGUCUGAAAACGGGUGUCAUGUGGAAAAUGACAUUUUUGGUCUAAAAGAGGGUUAGGAUUUGGAGAACCGGGCGCCAAACCCCUUCCAAGAAUUCCCAGGAGUAUUCCCCCCCCCCCUACGGGAUUGAAAGAUCCCACCCUGCCAUCAGCAGAGCCGUCCUAUCGUUUGCUUCUUUUCUCCUACUCACAAAAGAAAAAGACAAAAGAAGGCGCUGCUCGUAGGGUGGGAAGAUGCCGGGGGGGUAAUGCCCAUAAAAGUGACGGGGCUGCUCGGCGGAGAAUUUCGAGAACACCCCUAAAAGGUACCAGAAUCUUGUUUUAUUUGCGUGUCCCAAAUUCACUUCCGCCCCUAAGAGGUACCAAUUCAAAACUAUAUAACUGGCACUGCAAAUUUCAAUCGGUGAUAAAGAUAACUUUCCAACACUUUCUUCUCAAGGACUUUUUGAAACUAUUGUCAUAAAUCUUUAUCCUAAUCAGUCAUUUUAGGUUUUAGCACCCUAAGGGGUACCAAUCCAGAAAUUUAAACCCCUAAAAGGUACGACGAGCACCCCCGUCACUUUUACAGAGGAGUACCCCCUCCCCUAGGGGGGGGGGAGAUCCCAGAUCUAAACGCAUGAAGCAAACGAACUUUCAUUUUAUUUCGCGUCCGAGCUACCAUGCAUGACAUAUUCGACUGAACUGGGAUACCUCAGCAUACGAUGGUCCUUGUCCUUCUUGAGCUAUUUUUGGACUCUCUACAAGACGGAACCUCAGGCUGGUCAUGUGGAGUCCGUCUGAACUUCGCUUCUCACUAGCACCGAAUCAACCUCGUCCCCAGGGAAUAGCGCCCUGGGGACGAGGUUGGCACCGAAUCAUCUUCGGACUGAGCUUGUUUCAAAAAUACAUGUUGAGAUUAAAUAUGUUUUUAAAAAAUUGUUACGGCAAAUAAUUGUAAAUGUUCUCGGCUGCCAUGAUAAUAAUUCUCACCAACUUUGACUGUUCUAGUCAAAUGUGUGUUUUGGCUCUAAGGCCCGGUUCAAACGUCGAAUCUCACAUGCAUAUGAAGUGCGACGUUUGAAUCAAUUAAAUUCGACUGUUUAAAUUAAAUGCGUCGUUUGCCGUAUCUGUGGCUGAAACAGUCGAAAAUUCGACUUAGGUUCGACUUUUGAUUCAAACGUCACAUUUCACAUUUGCCGAACUUAAUGCAUGAAUUUUAGUAAAUUAUUAUUAUAUUGCUGGGAAUAUUGACCGCGAACAGAGUUAAAUUCGACAGAGUUCAGAGAGUUAAAUUCGACGUUUGAAUCAAAUGCCGUAUUUAGCUAUAGGAAUUAAGUUCGGCACAUGUAAAAUUCGACGUUUUUAGCUGGGCAUAAGGAGGAAAUAUGUUAACGCUGCCAGUCUCUUGCUGGCGUUCAGACAGCGGAGUGAGUAAAAGAAAAAAAAAAGAGGGGAGCAGAUUUUGUAUUGCUGUUGUUAUGCUGCUUUUUGUUGGGCGCGCGUCACUAUCUGAACUCUGGAACAGGCUAUGCCGGCCGAGAGAGAGUUCAGUUGAUUGCGUUAGCUCUAUUUUCGCCACAAAUAGCUACGCUGACGUCAAUUACUACAAUAUAAACAUCCAACUCUGAAAUUCUGUCACGUUUGGUCGGUUUUAAUCCCAGCCACGCGCUGGAAUAUCAAAGGCGGCCUCAAAAAUGUAAAUCUGCAUGCCCUAAUUGUCCCUUUCACGUCCUGUUUUGAUGCACGAGACGGAUGCCUUUUUCAAGAGAGAUUUUCCAGCUUUAUGUUUAAGGUCGAAAUCCUCUUAGCUUAAUCGCGGUUAUGUUUUCAAGAGAUUAGUGACCCAUAAGCAACUUUUUUUGUCCGCAAACAUGCACUCAGAGAUCUCAAGCUUGUAUAGUGAUGUCAUUUGUGGCCAAAACGGAUUCGGCUGACCUCCUACGCUUUUAGUGGUAUUCACGUAUCUUAACCCUAACUUCCAGUCUUCCGAUGAUGUAAGCUGUUGUUUUAUGUCAAUCUGAUGGAGAUCCUAUGUUGCAAUCUAUCAAACGAAGGCUCUUCGACAGUGCUUUUGCUUUGUAACAUUUGUUUUCUGGGUUUUCUGUGGUUAAAUGAAUUUAAAUUUAAUGUUUACUUUUUGCACUACACUGUGGUCUGUGUUCUUUUCCUUUGAAGCAAAUAAACACCAUCCAUUUCGAAAAAUAAUUCGUUUUGUUUUUCAACUCGGUUGGUAAAAGUAAAAUGAAGCUGAACCUGCAUUAAGCGGCCACCCUCUAUUAAACGGCCAGUAACCAAAGUCCUAGACUUUCAAAAAAGUCCUUCGUCCGAUUUAAUGUGGCGCGGGACCUCUCGCGACUUUUGUCGCUCCUUGGCCAAGAAACUCGUGAGGUCGACUUGUAUCAAGACUACCAAAGUCCCGAAAUAAUUGUAGAAAAGAUUGGGAACUUAAACCUCUAUAAAGUUUGCUACCUCUAUCAGCUGCCGCGGCCACUUUUUGGCCAUCCUAACGAGAGCUAUGUUAUUGCUGUCCCCUUUAUUAAGCGGCCAUCAAGCGCUUGAAACACUUAGUUUCGCUUUGUUUCAAGAAUAUGAAGAAGAAAAAUACAGUCCGAGGUAGAAGGUGACGACUGACUGCUGUAGCGUGUUUGACUUAAAAUAAAGAGAAGUUUCUGCUUAAUAAUUAUGUUCUGCAAGGUAUGACGAGCCUCUAUUGAUCGGCCAACCUCCAUUAAUCGGCCACUUGCCGGUACCCCGAGAGUACUGGCCGCUUGAUGGAGGUUUAACUGUAGAUGGUAAACGUGAUUCAAAUGCUAACCCCUCCUCAGAAAGAAUCAAGACGUCAUCUGAUGUUGAUACGGACCAUUGCGGUGGUCAAUUUACUUUAUCUACGCAGUGGAUAACGCUAAAUUUUGGUUUCCUCAUUCACCCCUCCACCUACGCAUAUCCCAUUACCCUCAAUAGUCCUUCAGUCUCAAAUGUGCAGAAAGAAUUAAGCCACUUGGCACUGUCUUGACAAUGCCACGUUUAAGGGUUUAUUGCUAAAAUGGAGUGUUUUGUGUCGGUUACGCCAUUUAUCUGGGAUGUGAACAACCCAUUAAUCCGGACACGUCACUGAGUAUGACGUCACUAUUUAGCUGGUCUGGGCCCAACCUCGUCCCCAGGGCACUUUUCCCUGGCUUAGCGCCCUGGGGACGAGGUUGGUCUGGGCCGUAUCUUCCGUUAAUACGGGCACUGAGGGGUCCAAAGAAAUUGUCCUUAUUAAGCAAGUUGAAUUAAGAGUGAAUGUAAGGGCUUUCUUUCCCUAGGGACCAAGGAAAUUGUCCGUAUUAAGCGGGUAUCCGUAAAGCGGGGUUUGACUGUAAUUCGAGAUGGAGAUCUCUCUGACAUGUAGCGUGCGAGAGCUGGUCUAGUGGGUGUCCUGAGGCCAGCCAGUGGUGUUUCCGACUCGAGGGUGUCCCGAGUGAAGCCAGAAGUUCUGCCUGGCUCCGCUAGCCCCCAUGGUUAUUCCAAGCAGCCAGUACUCUAAUUUUUACAUGUAAUAUUUUCAUUGUCGUAAUUUAUUUUUGAGCAGUAGUGAGUACAAAAUAAUGAUUGUUGUUGUUGACUCGAGGGUGUCCCGAUAAGGGAGGGAACUUUCAUACUGGCAGGCAGCAACCGUUUUAUUGUUUUAUUGUUAUUAUUUUAUUAUCAUUUUGCCAUAUAAGUUAAAUAUAUACAUAAAAUUAAAAAAAGGUGAGGCAAGAGAGCCCAAGGAAGCAAUAAGGCUUUUGAAUAGGACCAUUUUUAAAAAAAUACUGUGUACCUAAUUAAUAAAUAAAAUACUCACAUCGGCAAGACAAGUCUAACUAGCUAAGAAAAUGCGAUUUCUCUACAACAUAGAAAAUAAUCGUUAAAUAGGAUAAAAAUAGAUAAGGCUGAACGUGCAAGUGCAAAAACGAAAAAGUGAGAAAAUACAAUGCAAGAAUAUACGAGGAAAAAAAAGCGAAAGAAGCGAAAAACUACACACAAGCACUAAGAGAAGUACAGCGUAGUUUAGAAGUGAACACAGCAAAAUACAUUCGCAGCAGCCACCUAUCUACAUCUAGAUUUUUUGUCUUUUUCUCUUGUAUCCCAUCCGGCAAGCUUGCGUCGAAUAUGAUAUCAUAAGCAGGUUUUGAUGGCCGCUUCAGUUAUCAUUUCAUCCAUUUAGCUCAGCCUUUCUUUAUCAAACUGUAAUAAAAUCACUCAUAUAAUGAAAGAACUUGCAACUAAAAGAUAUCAGAAUUAACUCUUUUUCCAGGGAAUUGGAUUAUUUCUUGAGUAGUGGGUGAAUGGAAGAUUUGCAUAAAAAUCAAAACACAAAUAUUUUCUGUCAUAAUAUCCAUAACAAUCGUUGAGAUUGUGUUUGUCAUCGAAAGCCAUAGUUAGUUCUUGACAAAUAAAACUGUUUUUUCAACAAGCUGCACCAUGAAACUGUUUCAUCAGUCGACAUAAUUGAAUCGACCGUGGGAAAACCGUGUCCUACGCAUCAUGAAUACCGGAAAUAUUACAAAUUUCUGUAAACAACGAGAUCGAGAACAAGCGUUCUUGACAUUCUCUUGUUUAUUCGAAUUUAUUGCAACAUCGAAACUGAAGUGCUUUUCCUGUCGGUUUAAGUCAAGAGGUAUCUCGUUAUUUGACGUAACCCUGUGAGCGCCUACUCCCCGACACGUUUCUCGCGAUUUUUGUCGUGAAGAGCUUUGUCACGACAUUUGGCUUCUACAGCAUGAUGCAACUAUGGGUAUUGCUACUCCACAGACAUGCUUCCUGCUAUACUCUAACAUAUUGCGGUCAUGUAAAUAAAGUAAUUUGCUUCUACUACAGUAGAAUCAUGGUAACUCGAACUCUAAAGGGAAACGAAAAAAAGUUCGAGUUAGCGGAGAAUUCGAGUUAUCGGGGUAAAUUUCAGUGAAAUUUUGAUCGAGGAAAAGGAAAUUUAGUUCAAGUUAGCGGGGAAUUCGAGUUAUCCCAGUUCGAGUUAUCGAGGUACUACUGUGUAUUACUACCGCCUGGAUGAGGUGUUCGAUAUUUCCUAGCAGGAGUAUAAACGGUCAACUCUUGACGGACAACUUGCCACGGCAGAAUUUCCCAGGAAAAUGAUUCAAAUAAACUAACUCUCUGGGAUUUCUUUUUUCUUUGCUUAGUUUUCUUUCAUCACUUGUUUUCCCUUUAAUGUUAUUGCUGGCCCUUUACAGCUCCGCGAGGUUUAAAUAACUGUGAACUGAUCGACACCCCCACCUAGGAUUAUAGCGAUGGCGAGGUGACCGUUUCUAAGACUGUUUCUUAGUGCUUGACCCAAUGCUGUCCCUCUUAGACGGACAGGUGCGGACUGUACACACCUGUGCGAUGUUUUAUAACUGGGGACUGCUGCGCGAUAGCAUGACGUUCGUAACAGACUAGUGGUGAACUGUAAAUCAAUAUUAAAAAGAAUCCGCUCUUCAUAUGGAAUAGAAGAUCGCGGACUACUCUGAGUUGGUAUUUGGGCUUUAUGCCGCUGGAUAUUAACUAACUUCUUGUUUUUUGUUGUUCUUGGUUUUGCUUUUUUUUGUUUUUGUUUUUCUUUAUCGUUUCAUCAAAGCUUAGGCAACCUUGUUUGCAUUGUACUUCUUUUUUUGUUCUGUAUGUUUUAGCUUUCACACGACACAGCUAAUUCAUAUCGUCGGUGUUGUCUUUAUUUUGCAGUGAUUCCCAAAGCCAACAGCGUGUUCACGUUUGAGCUUGGAGGGUUCGAGUUCACGAUUCAUGGCAAUCAUUUUCGGUAUCGCUCCUGCGAGCGGUCUGCACGCAAGUUCAAACGUAAACCGACGACGGACUUGUGA